AUGUCGACUGCUUUGGCUCUGCGCAACACCUGCUCCAGGACACUGCUACGUUGUUAUUCGACACUACCGCGCUACUCUCGGUCGCGCAGCAGAGUCGGCGCAUCCACCUCACGCAAAGCAACCGUCCCUGCCAGCUUGUUCGGCCCCAAAGUCCGCGUCCUCGACCUGCCCACUGCAUAUUCUAAGACCCUUGAAACCUCUCGCUUCGGGCGACCUCGCUGGCUGCUGUUAUACGGGGCAAAAGGACAGGCGCUGUCGUCCGCGAAACAUCGCGACAGUUUGGUCGACACUCCCGGUGCUAACUUCAAUCACCCAAUGCUUAGCUACGUCCAGAUCGUGUCCACGCCCACGGCCGACACGCCGGGGGCGUGCGUCCUGCUCCACUUCGACAAUCGGCGGUACUUGUUCGGCCAUAUCCCCGAGGGCACACAGCGGGUUAUGAACCAGCGCAAGGUCGGGGUCAGCAAGCUGGACGAGCUAUUCCUCACCGGGCCGGUGACAUGGGGGAACAUUGGUGGCCUCUUGGGCAUGAUUCUUACCAUCGCUGAUGUCGUAGCCCUGCGAGGGGUACCGGAUGACAAUGCGAAGAAACAGAAGAAGAAGAAAGACCAAGGGCUGUCGGUCAUCCCGAGCCUGAAAAUACACGCUGCCGAAAACAUCAUGCAGGUCCUCGCCACCGCCCGAAGAUUCAUUUUCCGAAAAGGUCUGCCGCUGGAGCUUGACGAGAUACGCCACCAACCGGCACAAGAAAAAGCAGGGCAGAGAGCCCCGGAUUUCGAGGACGCCAAUGUCAGGGUCUGGUCUGUGUCGGUGAAGCCAGAAGGGGAGCCUAAGUCUCAGGGCCGUAAGAGAAGCCAUGACGAUAUGCUCGCAGACGACAAGGGCGAAUCGAGGGGGAAUAAACUCGACGACCAGCAGGUGGAGGCCAACCGCCAGAUCGUCAAGUCUGUUGUCGACCACAUGUUCGACUCAAACUGGGAGCUUGACGCCCUCGUGGAGACGACAUUGCACAAAGCCAAGCUGCCGGCCAAAAUAUUCGUCAAGGGUCCAGACGGCAAGAUCACGAAAUACGAUGGGCCCAUGCCGGGAGAUCCUGGCCCCGUUCCAGAUAUACCGGUGUUCACGCGUACUCCAUGGCCCGCAACAAAGAUAACACAACUGCCUCCAACAUCACCUUCGAAACAGUCCUUGUCCUAUGUUGUCCUUCAGCAACCACGAAGAGGCAAGUUCAAAGUGCAGGAAGCUCUCAGGCUCGGAGUGGCCAAGCCUGACUUCAAGAGGCUUACCGCCGGCGAGACGGUCAAGGGCGCGGAUGGAGUAGAUGUGACUCCAGAGAUGUGUGUCGAGGACACGAUCGAAGGCCGUGGCUUUGCCGUGAUUGACCUCCCUGACCUGUCCUAUGUAGAGCCAUUCUUGGCCCGGCCAGAGUGGACCACAGAGUCGCUCGUGAAGAACAUCGAUGUCAUAUACUGGAUACUGGGGCCCAACGUCGCCCAAGACCAACGGAUCCAAGACUACAUGAAUUCUCAUCAGCCAGUCAGGCACAAUGUCUUCUCACCAGACGCCAGUCCUAAUUACAUCGCCAUGGAUGGUGCAGCGGGCAAUACGAUCAAGUCUCACCAGAUAGACCCUGAUAGAUUUCGCCUGCCCGUCUACAGCAACAAGAGCGAGGGUGAAAAGGCAGAAGUCUUUGUGGCACCAAGCCCAGGUGCUAAGGUACAACUGGCACCUCGCGUAAUAUUCCAGGACGAAGAAUCAUGGCCCCUUAUGGAUACACUAAGUCCAGCUAGGGGUAUGGACAAGCAGGUCCAAAAGCUGGCAGAUAAAGCGAGGGCGACGCUCUCCAACCCUCGUUUCCUCGAAGAAAUCGAGGAGUCCGAGCAGGACAUUCCAAACCGUGACGCCGAGAUCAUCCCGCUCGGUACAGGGUCAGCACUCCCGUCCAAGUAUCGCAACGUCUCCGCUACCAUGAUCCGAGUGCCCGGCUAUGGCACUUACCUCUUCGACUGUGGUGAAAACACCCUCGGCCAGCUUCGCCGCAUGUACGGCUAUGACGGCGCAAACGAGAUCCUCCGCGACCUCAAGGUGAUUUGGAUCAGCCACCUGCACGCGGACCACCAUCUCGGCACGGCCAGUCUGAUCAAGGCCUGGAAGGACGCCACUGCAUCCGACCGGAGCCGCUUGGCUGUUGCGUCCCACGUGAACAUGAUCGACUGGCUGCGCGAGUACGCCGACAUCGAGGACUACGGUUUCGACCGCCUCCGACUGAUCGAGAUCAAGGGCGCCGGCAAGGGGAAGCAGAACCCCUUCGUCUGCAACCCGACGCUCGCGCGCGAGCUGGGCAUCACGCAGAUCGACGCCACGCGCGUCGAACACUGCUACGGCGCGCUGGCUUGUGUGUUCACGUGGCCGUCGGGCCUGAGGAUUGCGUACAGCGGCGACUGCCGGCCGUCGUCCACUUUUGCCGAGAUCGGCAGGGACUGCACGUUGCUGAUCCACGAGUCGACGCUGGACGACGAGCUGAGGGACGACGCGUUGGCCAAGAAGCACUGCACCAUGAGCGAGGCGCUUGGCGUGGCGAGGGAGAUGAGGGCCAGGAGGGUGCUGUUGACACAUUUCUCGCAGAGGUACCCCAAAAUUGCGAACACAUCUACCGGAGGCGGCGGCGCUCCGGUGAAGGACCAGGUUGUCCUCGUGGCCUUCGACCAGAUGUGCGUCAGGCUGGGGGAUUUCAAGAAGGCCAGGCUUUUCCUGCCCGCACUGAGGAAGCUGUACGAGGAGGCUCCGGACGACGAGCCCCCAAGGCUCGACUAG